GGAUUAUUGGGCUGGGCAAGGUCGGGAUGAAGGUCGCGAGGAUGUGUGUCGGGUUGGGGAUGCAGGUCGUGGCGGUCGACCCCUACGCGUCGCCGGAAUUGGCCAGGCAGGCCGGGGUGAAGCUCGUGGCUGGGCUGGGGGAGUUGUUGCCUGUGGUGGAUUUUUUAACCAUUCAUACGCCGUUGUUGGCUAGCACGUUGGAUUUGCUUGGUGAAGAGGAGCUUAGGAAGAUGAAGAAGUCGGCGAGGGUGUUGAAUGUAGCCCGUGGGGGUGUGUACAACGAAGCCGCGCUGCUGAAGGCCCUGGAUGAGGGGUGGAUUGCCGGGGCUGGGCUGGAUGUUUUCACCAAGGAGCCGCCUGAGGAGGGCAGCGUGGCAGCCAGGCUGGCGGCGCACGAGAAAGUGCUUGCAACGCCCCAUUUGGGCGCCAGUACGGUUGAAGCGCAGGAGAACGUCAGUCUAGACGUUUGUAGCCAGAUGGCACUAAUCCUCAAGGGCGGGCUACCGACCGCGGCUGUCAACGCGCCGCUUAUCCUGCCCGAGGAGUAUAGGAAGUUGCAGCCGUUCGUCAAACUGGUAGAGAAGAUGGGCGGGCUGUACACGCAGCACUACGCCGCCCCCGGGACAAAGGGAAGCGGCGGGAUCGGGGGCAGUAGAUUUGAGUUGGUAUAUCAGGGAGAUCUGGCCUUGGUUAGUAAUACGCGUCCCCUGUUCGCGGCCCUGGUCAAGGGGCUCGUGUCGGCCAUUUCAGAUUCCGGGGGUAGGGAUGUGAAUAUUGUCAAUGCGGCGUUGAUUGCGCGCGAGAAGGGUAUUGUGAUUAACGAGGUGCACACGACGGAGGUGGUCGGGUUGACGUAUGCUUCGCUGGUUACUUUGAGGUCGUGUGAUGGAGAGGGAGAGGGAAAGGGGAAAGGGAAGAAGGAACAGGUCAUCGAGGGGUAUGUAUCCGGUAAGACGUUUUACAUCUCCAAGUUGGAUCGGUUCACGGCUAGUUUCACGCCUCAGGGGACUUUGUUGAUUCUGCAUAAUUAUGAUGAGCCGGGCAAGAUUGGUGGGGUGGGUAUGGUGCUGGGACGGCAUGGGAUUAAUAUCACGUUCAUGCAGGUUGCGAGUCUCGAUCUGGGAAAUGGGAAUGGGAAGGAAAAAGAGGAUGGGAUGGAGGCGGAUAGUGCGGCUGCGGGCGCGGAAGGCAAGGAAGGACAUGGGAGUAGGGCCGAGAAAGAGGCGUUGAUGAUUCUUGGGGUUGACAGGGAGGUGGAUAAGAACGUUAUUGAAGAGUUGAAGACGGCCGAGGGGAUUCUGGAUGUGAGUUUGGUUGUGUUGUGAGGUGGAAUUCCUCAGGGGCUUGACUCGGGAUUAGGAUCGGGAUCAAGAGGAUUCCUGCCUCAACUGCAGGGUCUGGAAUUGGGAAAAUAUACAUGGCUAGAAAUAGUAGCUUUAGAUAUAUGGAUAUUGGAACGGCCACAAUUACG